AUGCUCAAAUGGGCAGAUGAAAACAACUGCCCAUGGAAUGCAACGAUGUGGGAUUUCAUCACAUGCCAGAAAGCUGUGGAGCGAGGCCAUCUGGAUAUUUUGAAAUAUGCGCAUGAAAAGGGCUAUGAAAUGAAGACAGGGGCAAUCUACCGUGCUAUUGAAACUGGACAUCUGGACAUUUUGCAGCAUGCAGACGAACAUGGUCUUUUGGGGCGGUAUAGUGGCGACGGUGGAUCCGGUGACUCCAUAGCGAUGUGCCCUGGUGCUGCUAAAAAUCGUCGUUUGGGUAUGUUAAAGUUGUCGAGAAAGAAUGGCAUCCCUUGGCAUGAGGCAACCUGCUGGAACGCUGCAGAGGGUGGCCACCUCCAUGUUUUGAAAUGGGCUCACCAGAAUGGUUGUCCCUGGAAUGAAAAUACUUGCUCAGCGGCUGCUGCCAAUGGCCGCUUGAAGAUCGUCAUGUGGGCUCAUGAAAAUGGCUGUCCCUGGAAUGAAGAUACUUGUGGGACUGCUGCCGCUGGUGGCCACCUCCAUGUGAUCCAGUACGCACAUGAACAUGGAUGUCCUUGGCAUGAAGAUACAACUGUGUGGGCUGCUCAUAAUGGGCGCCUCGAUAUGCUCCAGUAUGUACACGAACACGGAUGUCCUUGGAAUGAAGAUACAACUGCGUGGGCUGCUCGUAAUGGGCGCCUCCAUAUGCUCAAGUACGCACAUAGAAAUGGCUGUCCCUGGGAUCAGAUAACGUACAAAUAUGCACUUGUCGCUGGAGGGGACAUGCUGAAGUAUGUUGAGGACAAUAAGUGUCCAAGAGGCGACUAG